AUGUUACCCCUCACCCAUCCUUUAUCUCUCCGUCCCCUCUACCCUAUCCAUCACCUUUUCCUUCUCUCUCUCGUGCUCUCUCCCGCUCUCCUCUGCAGGACAGUGAGACCAGAGGAUAAGUCUUUUGCUGUGGGGGUUCAGUACAUGCUCUUCAGAGUGCUGGGUGAGUUACAGUGUUACAGCCUGAAUUUAAAAUUGAUUACAUAUAGAUUUUGUGUCACUGGCCUACACACAAUACCCCAUAACGUCAAAGUAGAAUUAUGAUUUUAGAAAUGGUUACAAAUUAAUAAAAAAUGUUUUGAGUCAAUAAGUAUUCAACCCCUUUGUUAUGGCAAGCCUAAAUAACUUCAGGAGUAACAAGUCACAUAAUAAGUUGCAUGGACUCUGUGUGCAUGGACUCCAACCACAAAGACCAGGGAGGUUUUCCAAUGCCUCGCAAAGAAGGGCACCUAUUGGUAAGGGUAAAAAAAAAAGCAGACAUUGAAUAUCCCAUUGAGCACGGUGAUGUUAUUAAUUACACUUUGGAUGGUGUAUCAAUACACCCAGUCACUACAACUAUACAGUUGCCGGAGAGGAAGGAAACCGUUCAGUGAUUUCACCAUGAGGCCAAUGUUGAUUUUAAAACAGUUAGAGUUUAAUGGCUGUGAUAGGAAAAAACUGAGGAUGGAUCAACAACAUUGAAGUUACUCCACAAUACUAACCUAAAUGACAGAGUGAAAAGAAGGAAGCCUGCACAGUAUAAAAAUAUUCAAAAACAUGCAUCCUGUUUGCAAUAAGGCACUAAAGUAAUACUGGGAAAAUGUGGCAAAGAAAUGAACUUUAUGUCCUGAAUACAAAGCGUUAUGUUUUGGGCAAAUCCAACACAACACAUCACUGGUUCAGUCUGCUUUCCAACAGGCACUGGGAGACAAAUUCACCUUUCAGCAGGACAACAACCUAAAACACAAGGCCAAAUACAGUAUACACUGCACUGGAGUUGCUUACCAAGAUGACAUUGAAUGUUCCUGAGUGGCCUAGUUACAGUUUUGACUUAAUUGGCUUGAAAAUAUAUGGCAAGACUUGAAAAUGACUAUCUAGCAAUGAUCAACAACCAACUUGACAGAGCUUGAAGAAUUAGAAAAUAUAUAAUGUGCAAAUAUUGUACAAUCCAGGUGUGCAAAGCUCUUAGAGACUUACCCAGAAAGACUCACAGCUGUAAUCGCUGCCAAAGGUGAUUCUAACAUGUAUUGACUCAGGGGGUUGAAUACUUAUGUAAUCAAGAUAGUGUUUUAUUUUUCAUACUUGUAUUUUUUACAAAUGUUCAUAUUUUUCUUCUACUUUGACAUUACAGAAUAUUUUGUGUAGAUCGUUGACAAAUAAGGACAAUUACAGUACAUUCGGAAAGUAUUCAGACCCCUUGACUUUAUCCACAUUUUGUUACGUUACAGCCUUAUUCUAAAAUUGAUUAAAUCUCAAACUACACACAAUACCCCAUAAUGACAAAGCAACUACUGUUUUGUUCAGUUUUUUUGCAAAUGUAUUAAAAAUAAAAAAACGGAAAUAUCACAUUUACUUAUUUAUUCAGACCAUUUACUCAAUACUUUGUUGAAGCACCUUUGACAGCGAUUACAGCCUCAAGUCUUCUUGGGCAUGAUGCUACAAGCUUGGCACACCUGUAAUUGGAGAGUUUUCUCUGCAGAUCCUCUCAAGCUCUGUCAGGUUGAAUGGGGAGCGUUGCUGCACAGCUAUUUUCAGGUCUCUCCAGAGAUGUUCGAUCGGGUUCAAGUCCGGGCUCUCACUGGGCCACUCAAGGACAGUCAGAGACUUGUCCUGAAGCCACUCCUCCGUUGUCUUUGCUGUGUGCUUAGGGUCGUUGUCCUGUUAGAAGGUGAACCUUUGCCCCAGUCUGAGGUCCUGAGCACUCUGGAGCAGGUUUUCAUCAAAGAUCUCUCUGUACUUUGCUCCAUUCAUAUUUUCCUCGAUCCUGACUAGUCUCCCAGUCCCUGCCACUGAAAAACAAACCCCACAGCAUGAUGCUGCCACCACCAUGCUUCACCGUAGGGAUGAUGCCAGGUUUCCCCCAGACGUGAAGCUUGGCAUUCAGGCCAAAGAGUUCAAUCUUGGUUUCAUCAGACCAGAGAGUCUUCUUUCUCAUGGUCUGAGAGUCUUUAGGUGCCUUUUGGCAAACUCCAAGUGGGCUGUCAUGUGCCUUUUACUGAGGAGUGGCUUCCGUCUGGCCACUCUACUAUAAAGGCCUGAUUGGGGGAGUGCUGCAGAGAUGGUUGUCCUUCUGGAAGGUUCUCCCAUCUUCACAGAGGAACUCUGGAGCUCUGUCAGAGUGACCACUGGGUUCUUGUUCACCUCCCUGACCAAGGCCCUUCUCCCCCGAUUGCUCAGUUUGGCCGGGUGGCCAGCUCUAGGAAGAGUCUUAGUGGUUCCAAACUUCUUCCAUUUAAGAAUGAUUGAGGCCACUGUGUUCUUGGGGACCUUCAAUGCUGCAGAAAUGUUUUGGUUCCCUUCCCCAGAUCUGUGCAUCGACACAAUCCUGUCUCGGAGCUCUACGGACAAUUCCUUCGACCUCAUGGCUUGGUUUUUGCUCUGACAUGCACUGUCAACUGUGGGACCUUAUAUAGACAGGUGUGUGCCUUUCCAAAUCAUUUCCAAUCAAUUUAAUUUACCACAGGUGGACUCCAAUCAAGUUGUAGAAACAUCUCAAGGAUGAUCAAUGGAAACAGGAUGCACCUGAGCUCAAUUUCGAGUCUCAUAGCAAAGGUUCUGAAUAUUUAUGUAAAUAAGGUAUUUCUGUUUUGUAUUUUUUAUAAAUUUGCAAAAAAUUCUAUAAACCUUUUUUUACUUUGUCAGUAUGGGGUAUUGUGUGUAGAUUGCUGAGGAUUUUUAUUUAUUUAAUCCAUUUUAGAAUUAGGCUGUAAAUCCAUUUUAAUCCCACCUUUUAACACAACAAAAUGUGGAAAAAGUCAAGGUGUGUGAAUAAUAUCUGAAGGAACUGAAUAUCAGCAUUCCUCAUGUUAGGUUCUGUUAAUUACUGAUGUCCCCUUUAAGAAUGGAACGCCCUUGGUCAUGCGCAGUGUUGCUCUAUGUUAUUCUUGCACUAACUUGCUUUAGUAAAUGUGAAGCUCCAGUUCACUUCCUUGUAUUCGGAGUCUUUCUUAUUAUUAUAUUAGUAAUAAGAGCUAAGACACUACAAUGGUGACGAGGAUGAUUACCUACAGUGUGCAUCACGAAUGCCGAUGGAGCUCGUAGAAAGAGAGGAAGAUUUUGACCCUGUAGCACAGCAGCUAGCAAGCAGUGACGACGAGGGGAGUGCUGACGAGAACGAGGCGGCAGACCGGAGGUAAAGAGAAUGGCUAGCAUCGGGAAAAUAGAGGUGUUUGAUGAUACGCAAGAAAACUGGGAAACUUACAUUGAAUGACUGGAACAGUACUUUAUUGCAAACGACAUUGCUGAUAACAAGAGAGUACCAGCGUUGUUGAGUUUGAUUGGCCCAAAAAUGUACAGUUUGCUAAUAGAUCUGACUGCUCCUCUGAAGCCCUCCAAUAAAACAUUCACGGAGAUUGUGGAGAUAUUACAAAAUCACCUAUCACCUAGACCACUCCUCAUCACGGAAUGUUUUCGUUUCCACAAGAGAGACCAGAAUGAGGGGGAGGGUGUUAGAACAUAUGUAGCAGAGUUGAAGAAACUGUCUGAGCAUUGCCAGUUUGGAGAGAACCUAAAUGACACAUUAAGGGAUAGAUUUGUUUGUGGACUGAAACAUUAACACAUUCAGAAACGUUUGCUCACAAAAUCAGAUCAAAUUUUCUGCAAAGGCUGUUGAAAUUGCUGUAGCUAUGGACAUCUCGACCAAAGAUGCAAUUGAGAUGCAAAGUAAAAUAAAUACUGACCUCCUAUCACAAACUUCCCUGCACAAGUUUUCACGCAGCCAACAGCACCCCCGUGUAGCCGAAAAAUGCAACAGGUGUGACAGAGAUGGUCACAGAGCAGAGGACUGCCGUUUCAAAGACGAAAUUUGUCACAAAUGCAAUAGAAGGGGGCACAUUCAAAGAGCAUGCAGAGCAAAAUACAGUCACAACAGGAAAACUGAGAAAAUAAAAGGGUCUGUGAAUGUACUAGCAGAGAACAGUGGCAGUGAUUCAGAUGAACAAUUAAUUGGUACAAUGGAGUUAAACACAGUGACUUCUCCCAGCAGUAGCAUAAUAUGGGUGACACCAGAAAUCGACAGCAAACCCCUCAAAAUGGAGCUGGACACAGAUUCUGCAGUGUCUAUAAUUUCGACAACUGUUUACAAUGAGCACUUCAAUGCUAUGAAGCUGAGGAAAACAAAUGUGUUGCUGAAGACACACUCAGGAGAGCGAUUGAGCCCAAUGGGGGUGUUGCAGGUCAGAGUGAGUUAUGGGGAGCAAACACAGCCGUUACAGCUGUAUGUGGUGCCGGGAACUGCCCCUCCCCCCUGUCCAAAAUAAAGCUGAACUGGUGUGACUUGAAAAUGCUCCACACGUCCCAGCCUAAAGAGAAAGGCACAGACCAAACACUGGAACACUUGCUGAAGAAAUACGACACCGUUUUCAGUGAUCAGAUGGGAACAGUAAAAGGCUUCACAGCCAAACUCAUACUGAGAGAUGAUGCAACCCCAAAAUUCUGCAAAGCCAGAUCUGUUCCAUACUCCCUGAGACCAAAGGUGGAAGCGGAAAUCGAUCGCUUGCAGGAUACAGGGAUCCUGACGAAAGUGGACAGAAGCGAAUGGGCCACACCCAUUGUUCCUAUUGUAAAGAAAGACGGGUUUGUCAGAAUGUGUGGGGACUUCAAGUUACUGUGAAUUCAAUGUUGCAUGUGGACCAAUACCCCCUGCCACGUCUGGAUGAUAUCUUUGCUGCACUAGCUGGUGGGAAACACUUCAGUAAAAUCAACCUGAAACAGGCUUACCUGCAGCUACCGUUGAAGAGAGCUCCGUACAGUACCUCACAAUAAACACACACAUAGGUCUAUACAGGUAUAACCGCCUGGUUUUUGGCAUUGCUUCAGCCCCAGCCAUUUGGCAACAAACUAUUGACCAGAUUUUGCAAGGAAUCCCAGGAACCCAGUGUGUCGUGGAUGAUAUGAUCAUAACAGGACACACAGACAAAGAGCACCUGACUAACCUGAAAGAGGUCCUGAGAAGAUUGAAAGAGUAUGGACUACAGGCAAACUUACAGAAGUGUGAGUUCUUCAAAUAUAAGAUUGUCUUCUGUGGACAUGAAAUCGACCAAAAUGGAUUGCACAAAACACAGGACAAAAUCGAUGCAGUGGUACAGGCACCACGACCCAAAAUGUGACAGAAGUGAGAUCUUUCACUUAACUGAUCAAAUACUACAGAAGAUUCCUCCCAAACCUUUCAGCAGUACUCCAGCCUCUCAAUCAGCUCCUGGAAAAGAAUUGGACAUGGCAGUGGACAGCACAGUGUGGAAAUACGUUUCUUGAGGCAAAACGGCUCAUCACAUCUGAACAGGUCCUGAUGCAUUUUGACCCCGAACUGCCAGUGAAGUUGGCUUGUGAUGCGUCCCCUUAUGGCUUAGGGGCCGUCCUUUCACACACACUGAAAGAUGGGUCAGAGAUGCCAGUGGCCUUUGUGUCACGAACAUUGAAUGAUGCAGAGAAGAACUACUCACAAAUCGACAAAGAAGCACUGGCGCUAGUGUGGGGCCACAAGAAAUUCCAUGCAUACCUAUAUGGCAAGCGUUUCACACUGGUUACCGAUCACCAGCCAAUGCUUUCCAUUUUCAGUCCAAAAAAAGGCUUUCCGGCAAUGACAGCGGCCAGGUUACAGCGAUAUGCCUUGUUCCUUGCCGGUCAUAUGUAUGACAUUGAGUUUAAGCCAUCGUCCCUCAACACAAAUGCAGAUGGAUUAUCCAGACUGCCCUGUACAAGAGAAAGACAAAGGAGUGUGGAUGCAGUGGACAUUUUCCAUACCUCUCAGCUCGAGGCAUUACCUGUCACAAGCACUGUUAUCAAACGGGAGACAAGGAAAGAUGUGACAUUGUCAAAAGUAUACACCUACACCAUGUCAGGAUGGCCAGCUACAGGCAGAAAGGAGCUGACACCGUAUUUCCAGCGGUGAAACAAAAUUACAACGUACCAAGGAUGUUUGAUGUGGGGAAUGAGAGUCAUGAUACCACAGAAAUGCCAACAUCAGGAUUUGCAGCAACUACAUGAAGGGCAUGUUGGAAUUGUCAAAAUGAAGCUGCUCACGAGGAGCCACUUCUGGUGGCCCGGUCUGGAUCCAUAGAUUGAAAACAUGGCAAUGAACUGUAGCGGAUGUUUGGAAACCCUUCACAUGCCUGCUCCUGCCCCAGUCCACCCAUGGGAAUUGCCCACAGAGCCAUGGCAGAGAAUUCAUGUGGACUACGCCGGCCCCUUUGAAAAGCACAUGUUUCUGGUUAUAGUUUAUGCCCAUUCCAAAUGGCCAGAGGUGUUUUGCACUGACUCCUCCACCUACGCUCAGACUAUAAAGUGUCUCAGAACAACGUUUGCACGCUUCGGAUUGCCUCUGCAGCUGGUAAGCGACAACGCGCAAGCUUUCGUAAGUGAUGAGUUUACAAGAUUCAUGUCAGUAAACGGAAUCAAACACUCAACCUCAGCUCCGUACCACCCUGCCACCAAUGGGCUGGCGAAACGCUUUGUGCAAACCCUAAAGCAAGGACUCCGUGCAGCAAAACGAGACGAAGGGACUUUGCAAACAAAACUGGCCAAGUUCCUGGGCUCCUACCGAAACACCCCACAUGCCACGACAAAUGAAAGCCCAGCUGCACUGAUGUUCAGGCGGCCUCUCCGCACACAGCUGGACAUCAUGAAGCCAAACAGGCGUAAUUAAGUACUGAACAAACAAGCCAAGAUGCUCUCCGGCGGCCGGGAGUGCCAUCUCCGAACAGGACAGGAAGUAAUGGUGCGAGACUACAGAAGGGGAGGGAAAUGGACAAGAGGGACCGUACACGCACAAACGGGACCCAGAACUUACCAGGUUCAAGUGAGCCCAGACAUAAUGUGGCGGCGUCACAUUAACCAAAUGCAUUCCGCGGAAAACAGCCCACCAAUCGAGAAAGAACAGGCACAGAGAGCUCCUGGGAGUGACACACAGGGAACUGUAGAGGACAGUGGGGCAGUACAGAGACCCCAGGCUGAAAGAAGGGAACGUGUGGACGAAGGUGCUGCUAUAGCAGAAAUUAUUAUGGAGCAAGCACACACACUGAGGAUGUGCAGGAGCCUCCAGACAUUCCAAGGUGCUAUCCGGAACGACUCCACCGUCCACCAGACAGACUUAGAAACAAACAAAAACAAACAAAAGAACUAAGACUGUUCAAGUUCAAAUCAAAGAUGCAAAAUAACUACAACAAGUUCUGGGAAAUGUUUCGGUUGUGGUUUGGUAAAAGUAACUGAUUGUAUAAGAGAAGGAAUGUUAUGUUCUGUUAAUUACUGAUGUCCCCUUUAAGAACGGCGCGCCCUUGGUCAUGCGCAGUGUUGCUCUAUGUUAUUCUUGUACUAACUUGCUUUAGUAAAUGUGAAGCUCCAGUUCACUUCCUUGUAUUCUGAGUCUUUCUUAUUAUAUCAAUUAGUAAUAAGAGCUAAGACACUACAUCACACUCUCAUAUCUUUUCCCGGGAUUCCAAGAAAUCUAGAUAAAUUACCUACAGUGAUCGAUUUUUCUGGUCGAGCCGACAUCCACAGUUUUAACAGCAAACGUCUGGCAAACUGCCUUUCAAAAAUCCAUCCCUGAAUUUUCCUCUCUGUCCAUCCUGUUAGGUGACAUUAAAGGUAGAGUCAGCAACAUGACCUAGAUUAACAAAGCAAACAGCAUAGUGGGUCAAUUUUCGCAACAACUAAGAGCAUUGGAGCGCGAUGCCAAACUUCUCUGCUGUUUUGGUCCGUUGUAAGUGUGAAGCGAACUUGUGAGCAUGCGCAGAUACUGUGUGAGAGCAAAGUCUUGCAUCUCGCCCAACUGCUCGUGCAAUGUCAUUUAGCUUACUCUACCUUUAAGCAGGACCAUGUACACUAUGGAAACAAGGCUCUACAGGGAUAAUUUUUACAUUUAAGUCAUUUAGCAGACGCUCUUAUCCAGAGCGACUUACAGUUAGUGAGUGCAUACAUUAUUAUUAUUUGUAUUUAUUUUUUCAUACUGGCCCCCCGUGGGAAUCGAACCCACAACCCUGGCGUUGCAAACACCAUGCUCUACCAACUGAGCUACAUCCCUGCCGGCCAUUCCCUCCCAUACCCUGGACGACGCUGGGCCAAUUGUGCGCCACCCCAUGGGUCUCCCGGUCACAGCCUGCUACGACAGAGCCUGGAUUCGAAACAGGAUCUCUAGUGACACAGCUAGCACUGCGAUGCAGUGCCUUAGACCACUGCGCCACUCAGGAGAUAAUUAACAUAAAAACACUGCCACUCAAGAAGAAUCACCUCGCAGGCGCUCAUCCAAAUGUCUGUUUACACAGUGUGUGCAUGCAUGUCUGUGUGCAUGCGUGCAUGGAUGUGUGUUUAUAAUUGUGUGUAUGUGUGUCUCCAGCGUUCCUGCCAGCCCCAGUCCUGUAUGGUACUGCCAUAGACACCACCUGUAUCAUCUGGGGAAAUAAAUGUGGGAGGAACACGUCGUGUCACUACUACAACAUGGACCUCUUCAGACAGAGGCAAGAACCAACAGAUAUACCUGCUUCCCGCACUGACUCACGCCGCCAUGUCAGCCAUAUCAGCCAUAUCAGCCAUAUCAGCCAUACUAGAA